AUGCUAACUUCAUCAGGGGCAAAACGCACUCGCGCCCGUACCGCCUUCGAAGAGUAUGUCGAGGCUGUCUACCCCGACCCAUCGUCCGAAACCGAAGACAUCUGGAACUCUGCGACUCUCAUCCCCCGCACAAAGAAGUUUCUCGGUGUAAUGCCUGAUCUUAACACUGGCCAUCUAGGCGACAAGAUCAAGGGUGGUGGUCUGUGGCAGCUCAAGCAUGGUCUCUAUUGUGGCACGAGGAAGUCAGCCGUCAUAUCCAUUUCAUCGCUGUGGUACGAGCUUGGUUCAUCGUCAUACGCCAAGAACAACCUCUCCGAUCCUGAGCUUAGGCUCAUCUUCCGAUUUAUUAUGGAGCAUGACUACGAGGUUGAGUACUGGGCUGCCAUGCUCAUUGUCUGGAGCACUGAUUGUCGCUCUGGUACCUUCACCGCAUUCCAGGUCUACGGCAAAGGCGCGAGGCUAGGAGAUGCAUCCGUGUCUACUGUCGAGCUUCUCUGA